UCUAAAAAACUUGAGUAUAUGGAGAGACGAGAUAGUGUUGGUAGCACCGGAAGUCUAGCCAGCGAUUCCUCGGACAGAAGCGAGGUUGGUUCCCGAACUGUUUACAACUGUGAUAUUUGUAUAAAAAGUUACAGCAGUAGCAGUAAUCUAGCUCGACACAGACAAUCUCACCGAACCAACCAAGGUGGGAAAAAAUGCGCGAACUGUGCACGUGAGUACAGUAGUCCAGCCGCUCUUGCUAUGCACAUGCGCACCCACGGUGCAGGCUGCGAAUGUCCUUUCUGUGGAAAAUCCUUCUCUCGUCCCUGGCUGCUUCAGGGGCAUAUUCGCACACAUACAGGAGAAAAACCAUUUUCUUGUAAUAUCUGUGCAAAAAGUUUUGCGGACAAAAGUAAUCUGAGAGCACACACACAAACCCAUUCUGCUGAUAAACCAUUCUCCUGCACAAACUGCGGAAAAGCGUUUGCGCUGAGAUCGUAUUUGUCGAAGCAUGAAGAGUCCAGCUGUCUAAAAAGCAAGACAAGAAAAACAAGAUUUUCAUCUGAUCUCUCCUCUCCCUCUCCAUCCUUUCCACUCUUCUCCCCCUCCAUUCUCUCCCAGGCUAAUAUUGCAAGAUUUUCUCAACCGAGCUUUUUCAACAUAAAAACUGAAAUUGACUAAUUUUUGAAUUUUUUUCCAUUUAGAAAAAAGACCUUUACUUUUGAAGAAUAAACAUGUUUGUUUUUUCUUCUCCAGUAGUGUCAACGGGCUAGUGUUGAAUAUAUCUUCAAGUAUUAUAUUUCUAUUUAUUUUUAUAUAUUUUUAUAUGUCUUUACAUAAUUACUUUUACUAAAAUACUCUGUUUUAGAGAUUUUGAAAGCGAAUUAAACGGUGCUACCUAAAUACUCUU